GCCAAAUUGUAAAAUGUUCAAUCUGUCGUUUUCGUACUACGGCAGUCUCUUCCUUGGUGUGCAGCAAUGGCGCUUUGCACAAGCUGUGAAUACUCUGAAUAUCGACACUACAUCAGGCUAUGUCACGGGUACAGUGGAUCGGACUGCCCCUAAUGUUGCCCAGUUUCUCGGCAUCCCAUAUGCAGAACAACCCGUAGGGUCACGACGAUGGCUUCCAUCAGUGGCGAAAGAAAGGGCACAAUUCAUUGAUGCGACAAAAUUUGGUCCAAGUUGCCCACAAUUCGAAGGAAAUGCAUCGAAUGUAUGGCGAACCGACGCACCUGAGUUCUUACCAGAGCCUGAAUUUGGCGAGGAUUGCUUGUCUGUAAAUAUAUGGGCACCAUGGACGGGGAAGAGAUGGAAUGGGACAUCAAAUGACACACGUCCUGUCAUCGUGUGGAUUCAUGGUGGUGCAUUUCUGACAGGAGGUGUGAACACACCAUACCAUAUUCCGACUCAAUGGGUUCAGCGAAGGAAAGAUCUGAUCGUGGUGGCAAUCAAUUAUCGAUUGAACAUCUUCGGAUUCCCGAACGCGAGAGGAACAGUUCAAAAUCUUGGCCUUCUCGAUCAACGCCUCGCCUUAGAAUGGAUCCAAGAAAAUAUUGCCAACUUUGGUGGAGAUCCGGAACGAAUCACACUAUGGGGUCAAUCCGCGGGUGCCAUUGCAGCAGAUCUCUACAAUUACGCCUAUCCGGAGGACUCAAUCGUGUCCAGCUAUAUCCUGUCGUCUGGGAACACAUACACCCCACUGCAAUCCCUUGAUUUCGAGCAAAACAAUUUCACCUUCGUCGCAAAGCACUUCGGUUGUGGCAACCUGACAGCUACCGCAGAGUUGGAUUGUAUGCGAAAUGUCAGCUCCACCGACAUCAUAGGCUAUCUUAAAUCCCGUGUCGACUCCACCGCUACUCCUGCACUAAGCUUCAACAUUAUCGUAGACAACAGCACGAAAUUCUCCAACAAUACCGCCCGCGCCAUCGCAGGAAAUUACACCAAGAAGCCCGCCAUCAUCGGAACUACAUCAAACGAAGGCAUCGCAUUCCUCCCAUACAACCGAACGUACGGUCCAGACCAGGCAAUUGGAGACUACUACACUCUCUGGCUGUUCAUAUGCACGGAGGUGAAAACCACCCAGGACCGUUUCAUGACCGGCUCUACCACCUACCGCUACCUGUACGCCGGCAACUUUUCGAACAUCAGUCCCUUGCCUUGGUUGGGUGCAUAUCAUUCCGCAGACCUCCCUCUCGUCUUUGGCACGUAUGAUAUUGCAAGGGGCGAAGGGACGUCCUUCCAAACUGAAGUGUCUGAACAGUUGCAGGACUACUGGACUGCUUUUGCGAAAGAUCCAAUUAACGGACUACCUGAAUUGGGGUGGGAUGCCUACGAGCCGGAGGGCGAUGCUGUGCUUAUCGGGUGGGAGGGUCAAGUUGUUCAGCCGUUCCCUGAAAGUGACAUCGAUAUCCAAUGUGAUGGGUUGCUACCUAGAGAGGGUGCUGUAUCGCCACCAUAG